CUGCCCAACAACUUCGGGGGCAUAUUGCUGGCGCACCUUCCCCUUUACGCCCUGGCUCGCGUGCAUCCAGACUUUCGACAUCAUCACGGUUCUCAUCCGGCCGCAUGCCACCUUUUGGCAGCGCAUCAUCUGGUGCGACUGUCGGUUUAGUCAAGGCCGCGCCUACCACUGCUCUCUCUGCGUCCCCUGGUACUAUUGAAGGUGAAGAGGAACCGAGCACUCCCUCGCCAGCUGAAUCUUCUGGAGAAGGCAUGUCGAACAUGUUUCUCGCUCGUCGACGCACAACAUCGUAUCAUAUACAGCCUACGACGCGAUCGCCUCUCAGCUCCAGCGCUUUAGAGUUUGGGGCACCGGGCAGUGGCCCCCUUGCCAGCAUUGCCAGCUGGGUUGGCCGGAGGAGAAGAACAAAUAUGAGCAUCGAUGAGUCUGCGGGCGAUGCUAGCACAGUGAUUAGAGAGCAGACGUCGGCGAGGGACCUGCUGCAGAGAUUUUAGCGCUGCGACGCUAUCACUAUACUUCUACGCCUAUGCCUACGCAUACGCUAUUUUUUUGUUCAGGCCGGGAUUGAUCAUCAUCGGAGUCGGGUUUCUCGGAUGGGUCUUGUGUGUUGCAUGGGGUGGCCGUUGGGCAUGCGGCGGUUAAUCGGCAAAGAUGGGCGGGGACUGUCUACAGAUAUGCGGUGAUUUCCAAGACCAUUGUUCAUAUAUAAUUUGUUCAUCGAUAUAUUCGCUUGCUUUCGUUGCUUUC